AUGGUGUUGGCGGCUAUGUUGGCGUGGGUGCUCCUCUUCCUGGGCUUGCUGUCAUACUUCCUGGACACUCGGGUGGGAGAGUUACCGCUGACCUCUGCUGGAUCUUUGCUGUCCCAACACCCCGACAUCCGCCGCCUGGCCUCCAUACAGGCCGCCAUCACGGGGUCCAGGCGCGAGCACGUCACCGCCACGCCUCCGUAUCAGGGAAACGAGUCCAGACCAGGCCACAGCUCGCCCGCUCCUGAAUCCAGCCUGGAGAGAACACACAGUCCCAACAGCGCCCCCUAUGCGUCGCAAGAGGCCGGGCAACAACAGGACUAUCUGGAUCCGCAGAGUCUGGCUGCUUGGUCCUCUUUCGGCACAGAGAACGUCGAUGACCCUCAGGUGCGCAGUCGCGACAGGACCUCUCAACAAAUCACGGACUAUCAAAACAAUGUCAGCAACCUCCGAGAAGAAGAAGAAGAAGAAGAAAUGGAGGAGGGAGAACUCGACAACAGGCUGGGCAACGUGGCGCACCGAAGGGCUGGCGAAGACUCCAGAGAGAUGGAGGAGCAGUACUUCUCCAAGUCUUUCUCCGUGGUGCAGCGUCUGUGGAGGGGCAAGGUGUCUUCUGGGAUGUUGAGUCCUCGUCUGCAGCGGGCCAUGAAGGACUAUGUGAGCGCCAACAAGCAUCACGUAGUUUAUAUGGAUCAGCGUAAACCAGCCGUGAGUGCCAAAGACUUGCUGUGUCAGAUCAAGACCCAGGCCAGACUCGCCACCGUGGACGGGUCCGAGGAGCCGUUCAGAUCUCUGGGAUGGGAGCGCCUGGUACCCUCCCUCCCUCUGGAGCAGCUCUACAGACGCGGAGGCCUGAGCGCGUUUAAGACCUGUGCUGUGGUCACCUCAGCUGGGUCCAUCCUGCGCUCGGGGCUGGGCAGCGAGAUCGACACACAUGACGCAGUGUUACGGUUCAAUGCGGCGCCGACAGAUGGAUAUGAGCGAGACGUGGGCAACAGGACCACUAUACGCAUCAUCAACUCACAGAUUUUGGCCAAUCCUCGGCAUCGAUUCAACACCAGCUCUAUCUACAAAAAUGUCACGUUGGUGGCAUGGGAUCCUGCUCCCUACACUGUCGACCUGCACCGGUGGUUCGCCAAUCCAGACUACAACCUGUUCGGCCCCUACACGGAGCAACGCAAGCUCCACCCGGACCAGCCCUUCUACAUCCUCCACCCCGGCUUUGUGUGGAGGCUUUGGGACGUGAUCCAGAGCAACACCAAGGAGAACAUCCAGCCUAAUCCCCCCUCGUCGGGUUUUAUUGGGAUCCUCCUGAUGAUGACGCUUUGUGAGAAGGUCCAUGUGUACGAGUACAUCCCCUCCAUGCGGCAGACCGACCUAUGUCACUACCACGAGCGCUACUUUGACGCCGCCUGCACGCUGGGAGCCUACCAUCCACUGCUGUACGAGAAGAGCCUCAUCCAGAGGCUCAACACGGGCCCAGAGAAGGACCUGCGCAGGAAGGGCCGCAUCACUCUGCCGGGUCUCAGCACCAUCGACUGUGACGUCUGA